AUGUCUAAUUGCGAAUUCAAUUUUAGUGCGCCGUGGAGGGUAAAGCUGUGACAAGAGAUGAUAUCCGUACAGGUAGUCCCUCCAUUGCCCUCGUUGCGAAGCCCUGGUUUCAGUUUUACCCAUUCCUUUAUACCCUUCAAAAACCCUAAUUCCACUAUCCUCAGUUUCAAUCCUACACCAAAAUCAGUCCAAUUUAAUCAAACCCUGUUCACACCUCCCUCCAAAACUCUUAAAUCUCGAGGAUUUAAGCAUUUAUGCCAUAAAGAUCGCUUGCGGAGACUGAAUUGCAAUGGGUUCAGAGACUCCGCCGAAGAAAGCAAGGCGGUUUUGGACUCUGAGGGCGGCGGCGGAGGUGGAGGCGACGGCGGAGAUGGAGAUAAAGAUGAAGAUGAUGGGCAGUUGGGGAAGAAGAAUGGGAUUUUGCCGGAAUGGUUGGAUUUCACUUCCGACGAUGCGAAGACCGUUUUUGCAGCGCUUGUUGUAUCGCUUGCGUUUCGGUCGUUUGUGGCGGAGCCUAGAUAUAUUCCCUCGUUGUCUAUGUUUCCCACAUUCGAUGUUGGAGAUCGAAUUGUUGCAGAAAAGGUUAGUUAUUAUUUUAGAAAGCCAUGUCCAAAUGAUAUAGUGAUUUUUAAAAGCCCUCCAGUCCUUCAGGAAGUAGGAUAUACUGAUGACGAUGUCUUCAUUAAAAGAAUUGUUGCAAAGGAAGGAGAUAUUGUGGAGGUUCAUGGAGGGAAACUAAUUGUCAAUGGGGUUGUGAGAAAUGAAAAUUACAUCCUCGAAUCACCUCACUAUGACAUGACACCAGUUCGUGUACCAGAAAACUCAGUCUUUGUGAUGGGUGAUAAUCGUAAUAACAGCUAUGAUUCACACAUAUGGGGCCCCCUUCCUGCCAAGAACAUAAUCGGAAGAUCUGUACUUCGCUAUUGGCCCCCAACUAGGCUAGGUGGAACGGUUCUUCCAGAUGGCUGUGCCAUUGACAAGCAGGAGAGCAGUUUGGCAUCUAAAUAAAACAGAAACCCAGCCUCGCCUACUGGUGAUUACAUUUAAGGGUGAAGCUGCAAUAUUGAAUUUCAUUGCCAUUUUUUUACAGGUCCCCCUUGUACUUUACUUUUUCUGUAAAAUUAUAGUUUCUGUUGUAAACCGAGAAAGGGGACAGGCCUUAGGAUGGUUAAUUUCUCGAUUCUCCUGUUCACAAGUUUGUACAUCCACUUGUUUUUGCUGUACGCUGAUUUUGUUCUCUCUAAGCGAGAGAUGCCAAGUGGUUUUGUUCAUUUCUCA